UUACAGGAACUCUACAAAAGCACCAACACAACAUCACAAUAAAACACCUAAAAGUACAAAAAUAAUACAGCCAGUCCAUGUUCCUACAAUGUCAUUCUGUUGCGGGAGGGUCUCAAACCAAUAUCCAUUCAACAAGCGAACUGAAUACGGAUAUCUCGUUAGGGGAGGGAACAGGGUAUCGAACUAGCAACGAGUCAAUCUAUGGGCCAUCCGAUCGCCUGCAGGUGGUCCUCCUGGAUUACAAGCAGUUCAAGGCCGCUAGGACUAUCCAGCGUUAUGUGAGGGGAUAUUUGACCAGAAAGCACAUCAAAAGGGAAAAAUGGGCAGUCAGCACUAUAAGCAAGUGGUGGCGCAGAUUCUGGGUCCAGCGCUCGAUGUUUUCCCGUAUCCAGCAGUUGCUACAGCAACGUAUCAUACAGUAUCACAACAAUAUGGCCACCAAGAUCCAGGCUCUCUUCCGCGGCUGGAUGACCCGCCAGUACUUCCAGGACUUCCAAGGCAUGAAGUCUCUGCGGAUGCAGUACGCCGAGGACAUGCUUAGCUUACUUUACAGAAAGCUCUACUGGAUGCGGAAGGAUCAUUUGUUACCAGGAAUCUAUGCGCUUCGCGAAUCUGACUUGCUAUUGAAAAUUGAGAACCUCUCUGACACCUUUGGAUUCCGUUUCCAUAAUGGACGUGUCCGAGCUACCAUCGCUCAGAAGCGAACUUUUAUCAACGAUCGGCGAGUGGAGUUCCAGAAGAGCUCUAUUUAUUCUUCAGUGCCAUAUCCAGGGCCUUAUUUAGAUGGCAUUCCCACUUUCGAUUUAAACUUGCCUAAAAACUUGAACCCGCGAUUGCAGCGGAUAGUGCUGAUGUAUGACAAGUCCAUGAGAGAUAAAUACGUGAAGAAGGUUUAUAUGAACUUUUCAACCAAACGUCGCAUUAACAUGAAUGUCCUACGUGAAAAUAAGCGCACUCGCUUCUGCAAGGACUUCGCAAAGCGAGUUAUGGCAAAUAAAGACGGUCGCCGAAAACGAACUGAGAACAUUAUUCAGGUGUUCCUCGACGCUCUUCUAGCGGCCGCAGAUGAAUACAAUUGCUUCUGCAAGCCCCAGGUCACAGAUGAUAGUUUGUGCCAAUAGGUUGUCUCAGCAUUGGACAUCUUAUUAUAGUGCUGAGAUAACCUAUUUUCACAACCAAUCUCUUAUAUAUUCCCAGUGUUACGAGAUGUGAAUCUGUCUUAAUUAUAAUUGAAAACCGAAA